UUUAUAGUUGUAAUGGUAGCCAAAAGCAGUUUAAAAAAAUCCGGCAUUUAUCGUUGCGGCAUAGAUCUACAUAAUUAUUCAUAAUACAGACAGAAUUAUUUGAAAGAAAUGAUUAUAUGGCAGUUCAUUGUGCUGGGAGUGGCUGUUCAUGUUAUACUUUUUUAUUCCAUCUUUGACAUUUACUUUAAAUCUCCACUGGUUCACGGAAUGACGCCCGUCACAACUGGAGUUCCUGCCCCAUCAAAACGAUUGGUUCUCUUUGUUGCUGAUGGAUUAAGAGCAGAUAAAUUUUUUGAAUUAGACAUAUCAGGAAAUUACAGAGCUCCAUACCUGAGGAACAUCAUUGAAAACUCUGGAGCAUGGGGAAUUUCACACACUAGAGUUCCAACGGAGUCUCGUCCUGGCCAUGUAGCUAUCAUAGCAGGCUUCUAUGAAGAUGUCAGCGCAAUAGCUAAAGGCUGGAAAGAGAAUCCUGUACAAUUUGAUUCUGUCUUUAAUGAAAGUUAUCACACCUGGUCUUGGGGAAGUCCAGAUAUACUACCAAUGUUUGCAAAAGGGGCAAGUGGUGAUCAUGUGAUUACCAAUAGCUAUUCAUCUGAGUUGGAAGAUUUUGGUGGAGGAGACAUGUCUAUAUUAGAUAACUGGGUCUUUGACAAUGCUGAGGCAUUUUUUACCUCAGCAUCUACAAAUUCAACACUGCAUGAAAUGUUACAGAGAGAUAAGGUUGUGUUUUUCUUUCAUCUGCUGGGCAUCGACACACAUGGACAUGCCCAUAAACCUCAUUCCUUGGCCUAUUCCAAAAAUAUCAAUUUAGUUGAUUCUGAGAUUCAGAAAAUGGUUUCAAUGAUAGAGAACUUUUAUGGCAAUGAUUCACUUACAUCUUAUGUGAUGACAGCAGAUCAUGGCAUGACAGACUGGGGUUCUCAUGGUGCUGGUCAACCUCAUGAAACUUUAACGCCAUUGGUGACAUGGGGAGCUGGCAUCAGAAAACCAAUACUUACCAGCAAUUGUGGAGCAUAUGGGGAUAAAUUUUGCACAGCUUGGAAUCUUGAGUCUGUGAAAAGAAAUGAUGUGCAACAGGUAGAUAUAGCACCAUUGAUGUCUUACUUGAUAGGAGUACCAUACCCGAUGAAUUCUAUAGGUAUUUUACCAAUUGAUCUUUUGAGUGCUUCAGAAGGGGAUAAAGCAACUGCACUUUUAGCCAAUGCUGAGCAAAUUUUGGCCCAGUUUCAGGUCAAGAUGGAGCAAGUGAAAGAGAGAACAAUAUCAGUAACAUUUCGACCUUUUCUAGAACUGGUGGAGUCAGAGAAGCUCCAUACGGUGAGACACAUCAAGCAUCUUAUUAAAAAUGGACAAAUUGAAGAAGCAGUUAAAGACACACAAAGACUUAUUGACACAGCUCUCAGGGGCCUUCAGUAUUACCAGACAUAUGAUCGUUUAUUUCUUGGAGCCAGCAUAGUACUUGGAUUUCUAGGAUGGAUGAGCUACACAUUCUGUAUUCUGGUAUUUGAAUACACCAACAUAGGUGAAGAUAGAGUUGAGAUGGUUGAAAGAAACAAGACCUUUACAGUGGUCUUUGUAGCUUUGGCCAUCAUCAUCACAGUCUUAUUAUAUGUCCAGUCUUUGCCCUUCAUGUGUUACACCUACUGUCUGUUGCCUGUGUUGCUUUGGUACAAAUUUUUCCAAGGGUGGAGUGUGAUGACAGAAGCUUUUCAAGCAGCAGUAGAGAAUCAACUUCUAAGGGACAUUAUUGUCUCUAUGAGUUUUUGUGCAGUUGGACUAGAAAUAGUUAUUCUUAGCUUCUAUUACCGUGAAUUGCUUUCUCUAGGACUAGUGGCUCUUUCUGCUUGGCCACUGGUAACAUAUUAUUGGUAUGGUCUUUGGCCAGCCAGCACUGCAACUUGUAUAGGCUGGAGUGUGACUUGCCUGCUUGUUGCAGUGUUUCCCAUAUUGCCAGUAGCUAGUAAACAUACACAGUAUCAUUUGGUACUUAUCAGUGGUGUCCUGACAGUUCUAAUUGGUUUUACAUUAGUAUUUAAAUAUUUUACAACUGUUAAGCAUUCAUUAAAAUACUUGUGGAUUUUACAGUUGACAUUAAUCAGUUUUUCAGUACUGACUGUCAAGUUGACAUCUGACAGUAUCAUUGGUGGAAAAGGCCUGCCAUUGGCAUGUCAAUUUACCAGCUGGUUUGUCUUAGGAGUGUCUAUAGUGCUUCCAAUGCUAAGCCCAACUACAUUGUAUCACAGGCUGAUGUCUCUGAUCCUUUCAAUGUUUUCACCCUAUCUACUGCUCAGUAUUACCUAUGAGGGACUUUUUCUCAUGUCACUCAUAUCACUUCUGUAUUUUUGGUUACAGAUGGAAUUUGAGGCAUUAGAUAGUUCUGGAAGAAAUGUAUCUGAAAAUGUUGACUUUCGAGAAGGUGGUCUAGUCACAGAUGAUCUGGAAUCUCCAACAUUUUCCCGCUAUCUAGAGCUGGCUGAUUCGAGAAGAGCUUUCUUUUUUGUCUUCUACAUGAUAGUUGCCUUUUUUGGUACUGGAAACAUUGCAAGUAUCAACAGUUUCGAUCCAUCCACUGUGUAUUGUUUUCUGACAGUGUUUCAUCCAUUUGUUAUGGGAGCUUUGAUGUUUUUUAAGAUUUUGAUACCGUUUCUGAUUGUGACGUGUGCAUUUCGUGCUGUCCAUGUUUUGACAAGAGCUCCUCUCAGAUCCUUGUUCCUCCUGGUGUUUAUCAUGUCUGAUUUCAUGGGACUGCAUUUUUUCUUCCUGGUCAAGGACUAUGGCAGCUGGUUGGAUAUUGGAACAACUAUAAGUCACUAUGUGAUUGUUAUGCUUCUGAAUAUUUUCAUGCUGGUACUAACUGGCAUAUCUCAUGGAUUAACUUGUUGGAGUCUCAUGUGGCUUAUCAAGGGGGAUAAGCAAUCUUAAUGUGAAAUAUGAGUUAAUGUUUAAAUUAAAAAUUGAAACUUCAAGCCACUCAUUAAAAAGAAGUAUUGAAGUAGGCCAGCAUCAUUUGCAUUCCAUGACAUUACACACAAAUAACCUUCUACAUAUUGCAUUGAUAAUGUGAUUUUAGUUUGUUUGUCGAUAUAUGAACAAUAACUGGCAGCAACCUCAUUUCUAAUUAUUUUACAUUUCUUUUCAAAUUCAUUGUACAUUUUUAUUACAAUCUAAAAGUACAAUAUCACUAAAGAAUUAUUUUCAUUUUUGUGAAGGGGCAUAUGGAUGAAGUGAAAUAAAUCUACAACUCGUAUUGAAUUACAUUUCUUUACCAUAAUAAACAAAUCUACAUUCGGUAUUGAAAUAUAUUUUCUAUCAAUAAUUGAUUAAAAUAGUAAUCUUUUUUUAUUUUUUCAAACUUUCUACAGAUUACUAUUCUUUACCCCUGGAGUUUUAUUGGCUCAUAAUUAAAAUGUAGACCAAUAUGAUAUUAAUAACUUUAUGUUUAUGUUAUAGUUACUAAAUUAUUGUUACAUGGUAAAAUUUUUAGUAAAGGUGAAGGUUUUACAGACAAAAAUAAAUACCAUAAUUAUUUUAGAAUAAUUUUUUAUGUUUUUUUUUUCCAUUUCUUUUGUAUUAUUUUUUUUUAGAUGUGUAUAGAUGUAUAUAGAUCAGAGAGAGUGAGUGUGGAAUUUUAAUUAGUAUUUCAUAUUUUUCAAACUACUUAUUGUACAUAAAAAUUACCUUGAUUACAGUCCACGCUCACCAGAUGGCAUAGUCUAACAACGUUUUCUUUUUAAUUUCCAGAAUCAGCAUUAUUAUUUAGAAAGAAUUAGUUGUUCAUUCUUUUUCUUUAUAAUCAAAGAUGUUUGUGACUAGUCUGUAUAAUCUUAAAUUAAUUUUUUUACAUGUCAACAAACCGUCCAAUGGUCAAGUCUCUAACAAAAUAUGCUAAUUUGGCUGCUUGACUGUUAGCGAUCAAAAAAUGUUUGUCAUUUUUUAUUUAGAAUUUGACAAUGAAUUGUAUAGCAGCUCUUACAGUUUGUAUGCAAUAUUUAACAUAUUUCAUUUGUGUCCUGGUCAACUGCAGCUUGUCAUGAAUCAUUUCUGUGCUGGCCAAAAAAGGUGUUUAAAUGUAAAAUCUUUAAAAAAACAACCUCACAGCUUCCAUCAAGACCAUUACACAAGAUCCACAUUUGUUUCCCCACCAAAUCUCAAUCACAUUUUUAUUUGCAUUUGUUUUGUAUACACAAGUUGUUGCCAAUGUGAUAAAAGAUGUUGGACUUCACAGUCUUUCAGAAUUCCAAUAUUUGGACACUGCUACAUUGACGUGGGCUAUGUCUAGGGUGGUCCCCUGGUUGCACUUCGGAUUGUCAUCACAAUGGUUCCGAGUUUGAACCCUGCCCACUGCCAUCUAGCAGAAAGUUAGGGUUAGAUAUUGUAUAGUAUAAGAAAUGUUCAGAACUUAUAAACUAUGCCUAUGUUUAGUUUCUGUAUUUAAGAUAGGUUUAAUUUAAAUUUUCAUUUUCCAAAUUGUUUAUUUUUCCUGUGUAUUAUGUAUGCCAAACAUUUUUAAGUAUUUGAAAAGCUGAAACCAAAGAAGUAAUUGAUAAAAUUCAUUUCAAACAUUUUUUAAAAUAAAUUCUUACAGCUUAAUCAGGUCAUUCUGAAUGUACAUGCCUAUCAAAUAUAGAUGUAAACAAAAAAUAGUUACCAGCAUAGAGUUAUGAAGUAAAAAAUUAUUAUGUUAAUUGGAUUUCAACACUCUGCAAAUUUUGUGCAUAGUUCUCAUUUUCAAUUUAUAUUAAAUUUGACAUUUAUCCCAGAAUAUUUUUAAUCAUAUCUUUUAGACUAUGCAGUUAUUGUUGACAAUCAUUCUUUGCCAGAAUAUGAACUGUACAUUUCGUAAGGAUUCUAGUGUAAUUCUAAAGGAGAAGAGAAUAAAAGAAUUUUAUUUUGUUCCUUUGUUUAAUGUUGUACAACAGUGUUUCCCAAACUUUUUCCUUGACUGAACACUUCGCACAUUCUCAGUGUUUCCCAAACUUUUUCCUUGACUGAACACUUCGCACAUUCUCAGUGUUUAGCGGAACACUUGCUUUUUUUUUUAAGGUUGGAUUUUUUUCUAUUUCUUUAAAUAAAAAAAAAAAGCCAUAUAAGAGCUAUAAGUUGAGCUUUUUGUUAAGUAGAAAACUUUAAAAAAUAGAGAGAGAGAGAUAUGAUAUAAAUGUGAAUUCUAUAAUCUGAUGUUGUGUCAAACCUGUUUCUAGACUUAGACUUUGCUGCAUCAUAUUAAGAAAAUCCUGCUUCACACAAAUAGGUUGUAGGAAACUGAAGUAAAAAAACAACAUAGUUUGUUUUAAGAUAUUGUGGUACUCUUCAGAAAAAAACUAGAAAUCAUUUACUGGUUGAUCUUUUAUCUUAGUUUCAAAAUAGAUUCAGACUCUACAUCAGUUCAAAGUGGUGUUAUAGAAUUUAUUUUGUUAUCAAGAAGAACUAAUAUAAUAAUAAUCUUUUGUUUCCUGCAUUUACUUAGAGAUUAAUUCUUGUGAUGGCCUAGGAAUGAAUUCAGUAGUUCGUGGAACACCUAUCCAGGCCACACAGUUAGGGAAACACUGUUCUACAACAUAGCAUAUUUAGUAGCCUACUAGUUCUUAGGCUGGCACAUGGCUAAUAUCUGAAAUACAAUGUAUUGACUUUUGUCAUAUUCUUUACAUUAAUCCUUUUCAUCCAAAUGAAACUCAAGUAUAUUUAUGUUUGAA